CGACGCCCAGGAACCCUCUUGUCUGAGACCCGCUCGCGCGUGGGGCACCCCGGAAGCCCGAACCACCCACCUGUCCCGUGCCUCUGUUUCCCCCUCUGUAAAGAGGGAAGAUCGGACUCGACGGCCUCCGAAGCCCCUCCCAGCCCCAGACCUAGUGUCCUCACUAUGCCCCCCCCCCCCGUUAAACUUGUCCCGCGACCUUGGGCCAGCCCCUGUCUGCUUCUAGGGCUCAGUUUCCCCGUCUGUUAAAGGAGAAGGUUGGACUAGAUGUCCCCCUUUCCCCCACCCCCAUCCCUGAUUCUGUGAUCUGCUACUGAAUUGCUGUGUGGCCUCGGGCAGGUGACGGUCCUUCUCUGGGCCUCGGUUUCCCCAUCUGUUGAAGGAGGAGGGCCUGGCUCCGGGCUUCCAGGAUGUUUGUCCUGGUGGAGAUGGUGGACACGGUGCGGAUUCCGCCGUGGCAGUUUGAGAGGAAGCUCAACGAUUCCAUCGCCGAGGAGCUCAACAAGAAGCUGGCCAAUAAGGUCGUGUACAACGUUGGGCUUUGCAUCUGCCUGUAUGACAUCACCAAGUUAGAGGACGCCUACGUGUUCCCAGGGGAUGGUGCGUCCCAUACCAAAGUCCAUUUCCGCUAUGUGGUCUUCCACCCUUUCUUGGACGAGAUCCUCAUUGGCGUGAUCAAAGGCUGCAGCCCAGAUGGGGUUCAUGUCUCUCUAGGGUUCUUUGACGACAUCCUCAUUCCCCCAGAAUCCUUGCAGCAGCCGGCCAAGUUCGAUGAGGCCGAGCAGGUGUGGGUUUGGGAAUAUGAGACGGAAGAAGGAGCCCAUGACCUGUACAUGGACACCGGUGAGGAGAUCCGCUUCCGGGUGGUGGAUGAGAGCUUUGUUGACACGUCCCCGACAGGCCCCAGUUCUGCCGAGGCUUCGACCUCCAGUGAAGAGGCUCCCAAGAAAGAGGCCCCUUACACCCUCGUGGGAUCCAUCAGUGAACCAGGCUUGGGGCUUCUCUCUUGGUGGACUAGCAGUUAGUGCCAGUCAGAAGAUGCUCCCUGUGCCAGCAGCCUAGGCCAGGGAGACUGAGGCACAAGCCUGGGAGUGCUAGAGGGGCUGGGCUGCUGGCCUCAGCCUCCCUGGGAGCCCUCCGGCCUCCUCGGUCGGAGAGAGUCCUCCCUCUAUCCUCCAUCCCCAGCCCUGAGCCAAGGACCCAGAGCAGAGAGCCACUGCUGGUGGCUUCACACAGCAUCCUCUUUGCCCCCGUGUGGACUGGUUCCAUCUACAGGAAAGAAUGAAGGUCCUGGGUCUGACUGGGCUCUUACUUGCUGACUCUGUGACCUUGGGAACGUCCCUUCCUGUCUCAUGAGCCGCCUGCUCGGAAUCACCUGGUCCUGCCCCCAGUCAGUUGCCAGCAGUGAAGCCCAGUGACCUGUCCUGGCAGCUGCUGCCUUCUACCCCUGGGGAUGUUGUUGGGUGAGCUCUGAGGCAUUCUGACUGGUCAGUCACCAAGCCAGAGCUGGGCUCUAUUUACAAACGCACAGUGGCAGCGACGUCCGUCCCCGCCGGGAGCACCACGCAAGGUUUCGCACCGGCUUCCUGAGCUGCAGGAGCCGGGCCACACUUAAGGCGUGGGCAGACCCCCCCCCCCC